CCAAACGCCGCGGGUCGCUUGUUUGCUUGUAAGGAGUGCCCGGCCGUAGCUCCUGUUACAGCUUUUAGAUCCACUGUCACGCGACAGGCAUAAGUGCGGAGCCUGAGCACCGCCCAACAAGGCCAAAAGCAGCACCGCCGUCGCUGCUGCGCGCGCGACACGCCUUAAACGCCCACACAUCGGUCCAAGGGGCGGGCAACACAAAAAGCAAAUUAAGAACCAAUGGCCCAACUUCUGGACAACGUGCUAGACAGCCUCCAGCAGAAGCUCGAGACGCAGCUCGACAGCGCGGUCGGCAUCGACCUCAAAACUGAUAGAGAGACAGAAAGCGACGAGGACGAGCCGGCCGACGUGAAGGCGCUGCGGGCGCGCGUCAAGAAAGCCGAGGCCGACGCAGCCGCUCUGCUCGACGAGGGCGCAGACUUAUCCACAAAACUCGGCAGGAGCGAGCAGCGCAAUAAAACCCUGCGCGCCGAACUCGCGGACCGCGAGCGCGUCAUCGCGCGCCUCGAGAGCCGGGGCCCGCCCGUCGACGACGGCGAGGAGCGCGCGCGCCUCGAGGGCGAGGCUGCAAGUUUAGAAGCGCGCGCCGCGUCCCUGGAGCUGGAAAACGGCUCUUUAAAACGACUCGCGGCGGCCUCGGCCGAGACGCGCGAUAAAUUAGCCAAGACGGAGCGGCUCCUGGCCGCGGCAGUUGCCGAGCGCGACGCGAGCCGCGCCGACGCAGCUGCCGCAAGGCGCGACGCGGCCGACGCGCUCGUGGCCGCGCGCGGCGGCGCCGAGGACCCGCGCGUGGCGGCGCUCGAGGCGGAACUGGAGGAGGUGCGGGCCGCGGUGAGGCGCCGGGACGCGGACGCGGCCUUGAACCUGCGCGACGGCGUCGCACUCGCGACGGGCGACGCGGAGGCGCGCCUCGCCGCGGCGCUCCGCGAGCGCGACGCAGCGCAAUCGCUCGUCGCGACGACGCGCAGCGAACUGCGCAACAUUACAAGCGAGCGCGACGCCCUCAGGAAGAGAGAAGAGAGGCGCCCGUCGGACGGCGCCGACGCGGCACGCCUCGCCGCGGACCGCGACGCGCUAGAGGCGCGUUUGCGCGAGGCCGUGGCCGCGAACGCUGCUCUCAGACGCGACCGGCGGGCGCCGGCCGCGGUUUCGUCGAAGGCGCCGGACCGGGCCCUGGAGGACGAGGUCGCGACGCUCCGGACGCGUCUGGACGCGCUGUCGGCCGACGCGCGCGUCCACGGCGUCCAGCUCGAGCGGGCUCGCGCCGCGACGGCCGACGCGCUCGCCCAGCGCGACGCCACGAAGCAGCAGGCCGACGCCGCCGUGGCGCGCGCCAUCGCGACGAUGAAGGGGGCCGUCGAGAAGGCCCGGAGCGACGCGGCGCGCGAAAUCGCCGAGGCCCGGGCGGACGCGGACGCGGCGCGCGAGGACCUCAAGGACGUCAAAGCGUCGUUCCACGACACCCUACAGGUCGUGCUCGCCGGCGACGGGCCGUCUGCACAAGCUCCGGCGACUUCGUCGAGGCCGACGUUCGCGCUCGAGGAGGAGGAGGAGGAUUAG